AUGCCUCCACGGUUAAAUGCCUUUCGCGCAUGCAGCGCGCUGACGGCCAGCUCGACGCACCGUACCUCCUUUGCCGCCUCCUUCCUUUUGCAACCGCAGCAGCUCCGCGCCGCCUCCAUCCUUGCCAGCCUCUCCGACCUGCCCGGCGCCUACAACAAGAGGAUAAGACGCGGUCGUGGUCCCGCGUCUGGAAAGGGAAAGACGUCUGGAAGGGGUCACAAGGGUCAGAAGCAGCAUGGCAAGGUGCCCGUCGGUUUCAAUGGUGGUCAGACUCCGCUCGAGGUGACGCAUCCAACCAAAGGCUUUGAGAACCAAUUUGCUGUGGAGAUGAGCCCGGUCAACCUGGACCGCUUGCAGCAUUGGAUCGACCAAGGCCGCAUUGACCCGUCGAAGCCCAUUACCAUGAAAGAGCUCAACGACUCUAGGUGUGUGAGUGGAAUCAAGGAAGGCGUCAAACUGUUGGCAAGGGGCUCCGAGCAAUUCAAGGCUCCAGUAAACAUUGUCGUGUCUCGCGCGUCCUCCUCUGCCAUUGCAGCGGUCGAGGCCGCGGGCGGUAGCGUUAUGACGAGGUUUUACACGCCAUCGUCUAUCAAGCGAGUCCUGCGAGGACUUACGGACCCCAUCAAGUCCCUACAAAGCCAGCCCACGCCAGACUCGACGGCUGUGUCACCAAGCGCUUUCACGUACAGAUUGCCGGAUCCCACUAGCAGAAAGGACAUUGAGUAUUACCGGGAUCCGGCGCACCGCGGCUAUCUCAGUCACUUGGUCAAGGAGGGCGAGACGCCCAGUUUAUUCUUCAAGACGCCAGGGACGUUCAAACGCGCCAAGAAGGGGUCGAAGAAAGCCAAGGGUGCGUCCAAGGCGGUCGAAAACAAGAUUUGGUAG